AUGAACAUGCAUGCACAACAAAUGUUCUCUGUAUUAUCUAUUUGUAGUUAUCUUCUAGUUUUUUCAUUUCUUGCACACCCUUCAACUUCUGCACUACAAUCUUUCGUGUAUGCUGGUUGUUCUCAGCUCAAAUACAACCCGGGUACGCCUUACGAGUCGAACGUCAACUCAAUCCUCGCAUCCCUAGUCAACUCAGCCGCCUUCUCAAACUACAACAAUUUCAAUAUUUCCUUCCCGGGCACCGACGUCGUUUACGGCCUCUUCCAGUGCCGUGGAGACCUCAGUAACUCCGACUGCCACGACUGCGUGACCUACGCAGUGAGUCAAAUUGGAACCCUCUGCGGUGGCGCGUCGGGUGGCGUGUUGCAGUUGGAUGGGUGUUUCGUGAAGUACGAGAAAACGUCAUUCUUGGGUGACGAGGAUAAGACUGUUGUGUUCAAGAGGUGUGGGCCGCCGAUUGGGUUUGACUCGGAUGUGUUGACUCAGAGAGAUGCAUUGCUGGCAUAUCUAACGGGUGGUGGGCAGUAUUUUCGAAUUGGUGGGUCCGGAAACGCACAAGGUAUAGCACAGUGUGUACAGGAUUUGAAUACGAGCGAGUGCCAGGAUUGUUUAUUGGAGGCGAUCACACUGUUGAAAAGUGAGUGUCAAUCUUCAACUUGGGGGGACAUGUUCUUGGCAAAGUGCUAUGUGCGCUUGUCGGAGCGUGUACACACGCCAAAAAGUGGUAAGCAAUUCCACCUCCGUCACUGA